UUUGUUUCUCAGCAAAAGCCACGACGAAACGCCAUCAUGGAGCACUAUUGGGCUGGAAGAGGGAUCUCCAGUGUGCUGUUUCCUGUUAUCUUGUCUCUUCUGGCCGCCUGCUGUCCUGCCACUUCACUUCCACAGACUGCAGCCCCUAUAGUAGAUGGAAAGCCCUUCAUGGUGAUCUGGAAUGGGCCUCUCAAACACUGCACACAGCAGGAGGUCCCUUUAGAUAUGACAGCCUUUCAAGCAGUGACUACACCAGCUCUAGUAGCAGAUCAGUUCCUCAGCCUGUUCUACAGUAAUCACAUGGGCAUAUAUCCUUACACAGAUUACAAAACAGGGACAGAGUUUAAUGGCGGGAUUCCACAAAAGGCUAACCUAGGGGCUUCCCUGGCCAAGUCGAGGGCAGAAGUGUCCGAGUAUAUCCCUGAGUUAUCACCUGGUCUUGGAGUCAUUGACUGGGAGGCCUGGAGACCCAUUUUUGAGAGAAACUGGGGCUCCAAAAUGAUUUACCAAAAAUUGUCAGUAGCCUAUGCCCAACAACAAGAUCCCUCUCUCACUUCAGAGCAAGCAGAACUUGAAGCUAGGGAACAGUUUCAAAGUGCAGCCAGAAAUUUUAUGGAAGGCACAUUAAAGGUAGCAGUUAGCGAUAGACCAGAGUAUCUCUGGGGCUUCUACCUGUUCCCAAACUGCUACAACUACGGCACAGAUGAGCCAGGCUACACUGGGAAGUGUCCAGAGGUCGCACAGCAGCGCAACAAUGAGCUCCUCUGGCUGUGGGAGGCCAGCACUGCCCUCUUCCCCUCAGCCUACCUGUCCACGUCCCUCAAAGGAAACUACAACGCUGCCCUGUUUGUCCGUAACGUGGUGCAAGAGGCCAUGCGGGUGUCAGCUCUGCCUGAAGGUCCCUACACAGCACCAGUCUACCUCUACUCUCGGCCACUGUUCCGUGACCAAAACAAGAUCUACCUAACGGAGAUAGAUCUGGUGAGGAGCAUUGGUGAAAGUGCAGCUCUUGGGGCCGCUGGAACAGUGAUGUGGGGGGCCAGCUCUGACUACGAUAGCCAGGCUUCAUGUGAUAAUCUGUCUGACUACCUGCUCUCCACCCUUAACCCGUACAUCGCCAAUGUCACAGCCGCUACGCAGAUCUGUAGCAACUUCCUGUGUCAAGGAAAUGGCCGCUGCGUCCGUAGGAACUACAACACCGACACCUACCUGCAUUUGAACCCACAGCACUUCCAUAUUCAGCGCUCCGUCGAGAGUUACGUGGUGACAGGUGUCCCCUCGACUCAGGAUUUCACAGACAUGUAUAAUCACUUCACAUGCCAGUGCUAUGCAGGGAGGAGCUGUUCAGCUGCAAUUCCCACUCAGCCUCCCCAGAGCCCUCUGGUUAUACACAAUUAA